ACUACUAGUAUAAAAGAACAUUGUAUGUUUGCCGGGUUAACACAUUUCGAUUAAAAAGUCUUCCGCGAGUUCAGUGCAACAGUAAACAGCAAUAUCUACAUACAACUGUUUAAAUAACUAUUACUUUUUAUAUUGUGAUUCGAGUUACGUUUUUAUCUGAUUUUUUUUUGCUAAUGUAUUGUGCAACCCUUCGUUGUCACUUGCUCCGACCGGCCGCGUUUGCCGCAGCAAUCGACGAUGUCUUACGGCGGCACAUAUAAAUACAUACGUACAGCUCUGUUGCCGCGAUUGCACGACGAAACCGCGUUCAGUAAAGCUACCUAGCGCACGCGCCUAACAGAUAUACAAACAAAAAAUAAAAAAUAUAGAAACAAAAAUUUAAAUAACUAAGCCGCUAUGAAUAACGCCGAAUUAUACCAAAAAAACAAUUCCCUACAAAAAAGGGACGCCGUAGACGCAUUAAAAGAAUAUGCAGCAAAAAUUAGAUGGAAGAAAUACGGCGAUCGUGUUAUAGAUAUUGGUUGCGGUGAUGGAGGUAUCACAAUUAAUGUUUUGAAAAAAUAUAUGCCCAACAAUUUUGAGAGACUCGUAGGGUGUGAUAUUAGCGAGAACAUGGUAAACUUUGCAAAUAUACAUCACGGGAAUGAACGGACUCAUUUCACCACACUCGACAUCGAGGGUUACCUGCCGAUUACCCUGAAGAAUAAUUUCGACCACGCCUUUUCGUUUUACGUACUUCAUUGGAUCAAGCAUCAAGAGGUAGCGUUUACGAACAUUUACGAUAUGCUAAACAAAGGUGGAGAUUGUCUGCUAGUGUUUAUUGGCUACCACCCCAUAUAUGAAGCGUACCGAACACUAGCUCGUAACAAUAAAUGGAGCUCAUGGUUGCAUGAUGUCGACCGAUUCAUAAGCCCAUAUCAUGAUUCAAAGGAUUCUGAAAAAGAAAUCAAGAAAAUGAUGGAAGAAAUAGGCUUCAGCAACAUUGAAGUCUCAUCCAAACAAAAAUUCUUUAUUUACAAUAGUCCAGAGACUCUAAAAAAAGCAGUUCAAGCGGUCAAUCCAUUCAAAAUACCAUUUGAUGUCUUCAAUGAUUACUUCAAUGAUUACAUGGAGGCAUUUCGCGAUAUGAUACAAUUAAAGGAAGAAAACAACAACGAACUGGAUAUCAUAAAGUUUAGUUACAAUCUAAUCACAGUUUACGGCACUAAAUAAUUGAACGAUUUAGUAUAUAGUCACAUUCAUUAUAAUGUGUAUAUUAUACACAGAAUGAUUUUUAGAUAAAGAGUGGUAUUUUCUUACAUAAUAUGAUCUUGGAAUAGUGACAAUUUUUAUAUGAAGACUUUAUAUAAACAUUAUGUAAACAAUUUUAGAGAUUGGAAUUUUAAAAUCAUGUACCAAAACAAUUUUCCUUAGAUUUUCAAAUGUAUUCCAUUUUUUUAAAACUGAUGUAAUUGUACAAAAAAAAACUAAACAUAUUUAAAUCAGUAUUAUUGUAAAAUUUAAUAGUUAAUUGAAUUAGGCAUUAUGUUAUUUAUUUUAAACAUAAUAUUCAACAAACUACAAAACAAAAGGGUACAUGGGUGGAUAUAAAAAAUAACAAACUUUUAUGUAACUUUAUUCUAAAAUAAAACAUAAAGAGCAGUAGACAUAAAUAUAAGGUUUUGUUAAGUAGAGACGUAUUAAUGCUAUUUAAUUAUUAAUUUAUUUUUAAUUUAUUUUCCCACCGUUGCGGUUUUACUUAUAAUUUAUUUGAAUAAUAUUUUUCUAUUGCGUUAUUUUGA